AUGGCUGAUCCUGCACGGCUCUCUGGGGCACACGCCAUCCUCCUAGCGAUCCAUUUCUGCGCCAGGGGAGAUGCGUCUCCUCUCCCGCAAUUACAAGCUCGAUCUUCCGCCACCCUGACGACAGAGCGGCUGCUGCGCAUUAUUCUAACAUUUCUUCCUGAAAGUACUGAGCCUGAAGACUAUGUAUCAGUAGUCCAGAGCCUGGUCGACGGUUUACCGGUCUCCGAAAGUCAAGAAGUCGACAUCUCUCCGAUCAAGGACCUCUCCGAGGAUGCGGCAAGGAAACGUGUACGCAAGAUCCGACUGUUACCACUGAGGCAUCCUGAAGACGAGGACAGUCAGGAUCCGACAGACCUACUCACGCAGUUUAUAAUCCAUCGUGCCCACCGAAUUGAUUCCGAGACCUCUCUUCAACCGCUCAUCCUCGAUCUACUCCUCCCGUUCUACCAGCGAUCUUCGACCCUGCGAACAUGGCUCGUCUCAUGUCUCUUGCCGCUCCUCCGAUUCAACUACGAAUACUACCCCAGUCAAGAUAAAUCGUGUUCCGUGGAGACGCUGGAAUCUUUGGACAGUCAGACCGCUACGAAUAUCCUUCUCUCGAUUUCUGGAACGCCGAAGAAUGACACGGACUUGAUCAAGAACCUACGUGGACUUGUUGGCCCUUGGAUGUACGGCAGCAACCGGCCCAAAAGACAGAGAUUCAGCGAUGCAGCACGCCGGAACUCGAUUUCUCUCCAGGGUAAUGUACAAGGCGAUGAAAACUCCGGUUGGGAAUACGUCAAUGAGUGGUUGUUGUCCCGAAGCUUGGUGGACCCAGACGCAGUGGUAGGCGCAUUCGUGAACUGGGAUGGUCCUGAAGAUGUAGACCUCGGAGGCUAUGUCGACGAGCAUGAGCGGCCAUUCGCCGAUCGAUUACAGGAACUCCGCAACCGCUUUGGCCAAACAGGGCUCGCUGUGAUCUACCAAAGUCCAGAGGUUUCCCUGGAUAGUUCCAUCCGCAUUCUCGACCGAGUCAGCAGCCUUUUGGGGCUCGAGGAGGCUUUAUAUACUUCCCGUAAUUCAUCUUUCCCUUCCGUGGAUUUUGAUGCGAGCCAAAUCCGAUCGGCUUCAAGAGCAACUCUCUUCCAAAACGCCCUACUGCUGCCCACAAAUCCAUUAACAUAUCCUUCACUCUCGUCUGUUUCGUUCCUCAGCGGCUUGCUUCUAUCUCUGCGGACGCUCGAAGAGCUCGGACAUUCCAUCCCAUGCAGAACAGCAACCAACAUCUGCCUACAUAGCAAUGAGGACAUGCAGUUGUUUGAGCUGCGGAGUAUGAUGGCAUCUAUCGGCCAGCAGGUAAAGUCCGGCCGAGAUUGGAGAGCUAUUCGUCAGCAGCUUCUAUGGCUGCGGGACUGGAGAUCAGAGACGGACCGGUCACAAAGCAAUCCAGACUUUCACGGCCUCUUUUGGCGGGCUCCGCAAGAUGUUCUUGAGGCCGAGAUCCUGAAAGUUCUACUCCAAGUCAGAGAGUAUGACCUUGCUAUCGAAAUUUACGUCAAGUCAGCCUCUGCACUAGACCCAGCUCAAGUAGAGAAUGCGGUCAAGGAAUCCGUAUUCGAAGCCUACGACAAUGCGAGCAACGGCAACAGGACACGAGGCAAGAUGCAACGGGCACACGAAAUCCUACAAGCCUUCGAACCACAUUUCCCCGAGUCGACCUCCUUCAAACAGGCCCAGGCCCUCAUCUCCGCAACACACGCCCUAUCCUUCUACUCCCUAACCCUCCAGCACGGCGUUCCAUUUCAACCCGUCAGUCUCCGCGUGCAUCCCGAUCCCCUCUCCCUCAUCGGAAAGGUUCUCGAUCAAAACUCCAAGAGCUACACCAAGCUCGACGACCUCCUCAGCAUCGGGCGGAACCUCGUACUAGCCGGGUUCACCCCGCGCCCAGUCGACGAGAACACCUCACAUUCACAUUACACGCGGGCUCCCGUUCUCACCCAGGAUGAAGCCCUCAUCACCGCCGAGCGCCGUAUCAUGUCCCUUGCCAUCUCCUCCGCCCUGUCCUCCAACGACUUCGGCACUGCCUACUCCUACAUCCUCACCCGCCUCACGCCACAAACUACCUCUGCCCCAGCCCCGUCCUCCCUAAAAGAUGACAUCACCUGGCGCGCCGUCUACAACGCCGGCCGCUACCGCCCCCAAACCGCCCCAUCAACCCCACCAACCCUCUCCUCCCAAAUCACAAACCUGACCCAGCGCAUGGAACUCCUCUCCCUCUCCCUAAUCCUUGCUCCAACACCCGACCCGCUCCCCGAAAUCCUCGGCGCCUGGCGCCGCGCAGACGAGGAACUCUCGCUCCUCCGCACGCGCGAGAGCGAAGAAGAAGACCUCUGGGAUACGAAGGGCGACAACGCAGCAACAUCCCGCAUCCUCCCCGGCGGCUUCAACACCUCCCAAUUCGACACGGAAGCAGACGCCCACGAAACGCGCCAGCACCAUGCUCGCCGCGCCGCCCGUGCCGCGCAGCAUAACCGGCUCGACUCCGAGGAGGCACCCAUGGGUCUAUUCGAGGUUGCGCGCGGCGCUGCACGGGCACUACACAAGAACGUCAACUCGUCUUUCCCGCUUAGCAAGGCUCUGCCUAUACCCUCCGCGUCGUCACUUUCAUCGUCGAUCUCGAGACUAGACAGCGAGGGUGGGAGCUGGGAUGGGGAUGGUGAGAAUCCUAGUGGACAGGAGGGCGAGCGUGUGCGCAAGCGCGAUGUUGUUAGUAAUAUGGUUACGGGUGGGUUGGCGAGUGGGAUUGGGUGGGUGCUCGGGGCGCAGCCGGUUAAUAUGAAUAAUAAAUAG